UUGAGCCUGCCUAGUGAGUGCUCCUUGGACUGGCCUCAUUAGUUCAGCCAUACUUAAGCUGUUUUUUGGUAACUUUAUAAAAUCUCUGAGACUUUCAGUAUCAGUAACAACCCUGCAAAAGUGUAUCAGAGCAGUAACACAGGCGUGUCACACCUUUCUGUGUCCUCUUGGCUCUUGACACCCUCCCCAGCUUGUCCUUGGGUGUCAGCUCUUUAACCAGGUCAGAUUUAUUGUAGCAACGGCCCCUUAGCAACGUCCCGGGAUCACGGAGGCUGAGUGAAGGAAUGAGAGGGUUUCUGAGUGAACCAGAACAGCGAAAAACACGUAGAAAAGUAAUUAAACCUGAGACAUUCAUGUCCUCGUCUGUCACCGUUGACCUGAGGUGAAUAUGGGAUGCGGCAGCUCCUCAAACACGGUGGUUCACCCGCUGACACCGGAAGAGGUGAAGAGAGACGAGGAUGAGACAGGAAGUAAACUGGAUGGCCGUGGAGACUCCGCCGUGUCAAAGGGCACCGCCGACAGCGGGGUGGUGAUGGACAACAGAGAGACAUCUGACUUACCCGGAACAGUGCCAAGAAAGCUCCCUCCUGUAACGCGUGUCAUAGAAAGUGAAACAGAUGGAAUCAAGCAAGAUGGCUUGCUGCAGGAGGAAAGCGCUGUGCAGGAGCGUCAAAACUCCAGUGAGAUCCUGGAGGAGCUGCUGCUUCAGGGUAUCAUACCAGCAGGACAGAGCAGAGAGAGGAGCAGCGGGGCAGGGGAGGCAUUCAGCAUCAUGCUCAGUGACAGUGAAGGAGUUAUGCGAAGACCUCCUGCCAGGCUGGAGUCUCUGAGGGCCAAGAAGGCACAGAAUCUCCCCAGCAGAGAGGAAAUAGACGAGAAGAUGAGGCUUGCUGAUGAGAGGCGCAGGUUAAAAGAAGAGAAGCUCAAGACACGUUUGAGGUACAAGUCUGCACGUGUUCGUGGCCCUGCACCCGUCUCCAGCAUGGGCAUGGAUGCAGAGCUCACACCUGUAGAGACGCUCCAAUCGCCCCUCAUCCCGGACACCCCGAACCCACCACCUCAAAGCCAGAUCCCCCGAGAGGCAGCUGAGGGUGGGGAGUUGGUGAGAGAGGCCGCAGGUGAUGGUAGGGAGAGUCAGGAGGAUACCAGCAGAGCAGAGAGGAGAGACGGCAGAGUGGAAGGAGGAGGGAGGGGAGAAAGUACAGGGGCAAAAAGGCAAGGUGAGAGUGGAGAUGGAGAAGAGGAGGUGGAGUUUACUCAGGUGGAGGAGCUCAAAGAGGGGGAGCUCCUCACAGCCUCAGGGGAGCUGGAGUGUGAUACCAGCUUUCAGCAGGUGGAGGAGAUGUUUUAAUGUACACAAAGAAGAGCCACAGAGCAGCACAGGAGAGAAAAAGUAAGAGCCAAAUUUAUGCCUUUUGCACUGAAGAGAUGCCUUUUACACUUAAAAAAAACAUGUAAAGAAACCUUUACAUCAGCUUUAUUUUCUUUCAUGUCCAGGUGUAUUUAAGUUUGUAGCUCAAUGGAGCAUGAGUGUUUUCUUUCCUUAUUUAAUUCAA